AUGCGCCUAUGCUGCACGCUGCUAGGAGUUGCCCUGCUCAUGCCCAUAUGGGUUGUAUCAGUCAUGGAUGAUGCUAUGGCCAUGGCUGGCAUCGCGACCAAGCUUGAUCGGGUUCUGCUCGUCGUCAACUACCGCAAUGUUGAGACCUCCUGCCUUCGGACCCAAUUAUCAUCCCUCACCCUGGUUGUCGAGAAGCUCACGCGCGAGGCCGGUGGCUCUAGCAUGGGCGAUGCUAGAGGCUCCGCGCCACCACCACUGAAGACUGAUGUGGUGCUGCGGCAUUCUAUGGUGGCAGAAGCGUCGGUGGCCGUGAGAAGUGAGAUAGAGACGGUUGACAUCCAUGACAAGGAGGAGCAUCAAAUCCAGCUCUUGCACAUGGAUAUCUGCAUCUGCGAGAACAACCAUAGUGGAGCUAGUGAAGCUGAAGUUGGCGAGAAAAACGAUAGGGUAAUAGUUGCUCUAAAUGUUGCAAGGACUGCUGUGGAGGAGGGUAUUGUGCCAGAUGGUGGAGUUGCCCUUCUAUGUGCCACUAAGGAGCUCGACCAGAUUAGCACAACAAAGGAGGAUGAAAGGAUUGGAGUUCAAAUUAUCAAGAAUUAA